AGACAAUGCCGUGUGUAUAUAAAUGAGAGAAAUAAUAGAAUUGUUUUAUUUUGUCAAACCUUUGACAGCACUUUAUGUUUUCAGAUUUACUUGUAACUUUCAGUACAACUUGGCAUGAAUACUAUUGAAACCAAUGAGGAUCACAGUAGUAUUGGAUACUCUCCCUCGGGAAUGACAUCAAGUUGUGUAAUCGACGAUCAUGCUUCUUCCAAAUCUUGCGUCGACGACGAACAAAUAUCCCUGACCGAAAGUCGAAACGAAGACUGUAAUAGAAAUUCCGACGUGUACCUCGUUUCGCGGCCGAUAUAUAACAAAUCAAAUUUCUUUAAUCGUUAUGAUCACGAACCGAAUAAAGAGAAAACUUAUAAGGAGAGAGUAAGGGAACUAAAGCCCGAAGUCUCCUGUGAAAAGUUUUCACAAGUUUUGUUGUCAUUCGUUCCCUUGCUCACAUGGCUGCCAAAAUAUAAAGUGCGUAAAUUUUUACCUAUGGACAUUGCAGCUGGAUUUACCGUAGGGGUCAUGAACAUUCCACAAGGUUUGGCUUACGCACUGCUCGCAUCCCUUUCACCUAUCGUUGGCUUGUACACGUCCUUCCUGCCAGUUCUAAUAUACUUCUUUCUGGGGACGUCAAAGCAUAUCGCUAUAGGAACAUUUGCUAUUAUAUCGACAAUGGUUGGAGAGGUUUGUGACAGAGAAAUUACAAAAUACAGCUUUGAUACGACCGGGAAUAGCUCGAAUUCGUCGACUGGGGAUGACCGAGAAAAACUAGAAGAUGAUAUAAAGUUACAAAUUGCUGUAUCAUUAACACUUCUAGUGGGGGUAAUUCAGGCUGCAAUGGGUCUUGUUCACCUUGGCUUUAUAACAGUUUACCUGUCACGACCUCUGGUCAGCGGUUUUACAACAGGAGCAGCUUUUAUUGUUUUUACCAGUCAAGUAAAGUAUUUUUUCGGUAUUGAUCCACCUCGAUAUGCUGGUGAAUUAUCUCUACCUAAGACUUACAUCUACAUUUUCAAGAACAUAUCGCAUACAAACGUCGCCGCUUUACUUACUGGAUUAAUAUGUGUAAUAAUUCUGCUGUUUGUCGACUACUUGAAUAGACGAUACAGGUCUCGUUUACCUUGCCCUAUUCCCUCGCAACUGUUGGUCAUUAUAAUCGGUGCAACAAUUUCGCACACGGCUGACCUGAAUCCAAGGUUUGACGUGUCAGUUAUUGGUAGCAUACCUCGAGGACUACCGCCAUUUGCUGUGCCUCAGUAUAAGUUUUUCACGGACAUCAUCGUCGACGCACUACUCAUUUCCAUUGUGGCAGCUACGACUAAUUUAUCCCUUGUCAAAUUAUUUGCUCAAAAACACGAGUAUGAAACGGAUAGUAAUCAGGAGUUGUUGUCUUACGGAAUCGUGAAUAUUAUCAGCUCGUUUUUUGCAAGUUUUGUCUCAUCUGGUUCCCUCUCACGUUCUGUGGUGCAAGAAAGCAUGGGUAAAACUCAAAUUACAAGUUUCAUUUCCAGCCUCGUGAUUCUUCUUGUUUUAUUAUUUAUUGCUCCGCUGUUUGAACCGCUUCCUAAGCCCGUCCUUGCCGCCAUUGUUGUGGUAUCGCUUCGUAGGUUGUUCAUGCAAUUUCAGCAAGUGAAGACUAUAGGUAAAAUUUCGCGAAUCGACGCCAUGGUAUGGCUCGUAUCUUGCUUCUCCGUGAUUCUCCUUGGUAUUGUGAUGGGACUUAUUGUUGGUUUUGGCAUCACGCUCCUCUCAAUUAUAUACCGGUCAUCGCAAGCAAACGUGAGAACUUUGGGCCAUCUUUCGCAAACAGAUAUCUACCUGGAUCGCGAAAUUUGCUUAGGUACAAAGGCCAUCAAGGGAAUUCAGAUAUUACAAUUUCAAGGUGGACUGAUUUUUGUAAAUGCAGAGAAACUCUUGGAUACAGUCGUGGAAAUGAUUCGAGAGAAAACUCGAGGACGGCAUAAAGUUGAUAGUAUAAGUGUUGGUGACAGCGCUGAACCUGAGGUUCUGUCCAACUAUUUGGUAGAGGCGGUUGUGGCAGAAGGAGACAAGCAAGUCAAAGUUAAGAUGAUGCGAAGCAUAAAUCCGAUGGCAGCAGUAAAUUUGGGAUCCGAUGAUUUCACAGAAAAGAUAACCGCACAAGAAUCUGAAUUGAAUAAUGUAUCGGAAGGUACAAUAUCACCAGAACCUAAAGAGGGCGAUUGCGAUGAUUCCAAAGAUACACUUCAUAGUGUCAUCCUGGAUCUAUUUACUGUGACCACGGUCGACUACGUUGGAAUGCAAUGUCUUCGUCAGAUGAUCGAUAAAAGCAAAGAAAUGGGAGUGGAUGUAUAUUUUGUCGGUUGCUCAUAUUAUCUUCAACGGCAUAUGGCAAGGGAUGAAUUCCUAAAGGAAUACUUGGAGGGAAAUUCCUUUCUUUCUGUGCACGAUGCUGUACUGUAUUGUAAAAGGAAAGAAAUUGUUCAGGCUACACAUAAAAAGGAAUCGUCAUCAAGUGAAGCCAAUCCACCGGAGAUAAUAACGUCAUGAGCCGAUUGGAUUAGAUUUUUAAUCACUAGUGCGAUGGCUCACCCAGCGUGCGAAUAGUUCCGAUUUUACACAUACAAGGAUUGAUAAAAUGGGCAAAUUCUGCAAGGUUGAGCAAUUCUGGUGAUUCAAAGUGGAAGCAAAUGUUGGAUUCCUGCGAAUAAUAUUUAGUUAAUUGUUCUUGGUAUGAAUUCUUAUGAUUUUAGUACAACUAAUCACACAAGAUUGAGAUAAUAUGAUUGAUAUAUUUUUAUUAUGUAUAGAUUUUUUGCAUCGGGAAAAAAUUACCUGGAAUAUGUCUUUUAGCCAUUUUUUUAAAAAAAUUUUGAGAAUGCAACUCAAUCAAACUUUGUCAAGAUUUCAGCGUUUGUUCCGUUCUCUUGUAAAACACAGAUUAAGAAUACCUUCCAAUACCAGUCAAUGUUGGUUUUCCAAUAUUUUCAAUUGCUUUGAUUCAAUAGCAUUCAUAGGUUUCAUUAUAUAAAUAGUUUUAGGGGAAGAUUAAUAUAUUGAAAUUUAGGUGCAAAAAACGAAUAGGUAACGAAACGAGUUUUUUUACUUGUUAAAAUGUCUGGGUAAUCAUUUUUAAUAUUUCAAAAAUUGAUGUUUUGGUUAUUGAAUUAAUAUUUUGGUAUAGAUUAUAGACUGUAUAAUCAUGAUUUUUUCCAUGACAAAAAUACACACAGCUUACAGUUAUUCGUUAGAAUAGACGACGGAUAGCGUAAAACAUCCAAUUUGAUUGGGGCUUUUAAAAAUUAUUUUUUAUUUAUAGAUUAAUAUAUUCCCUAAACUUUUAUCGUGAAAUAUUUUUUAAACUUAAGAAUGCCAUACGUGUGUAUGAUAUGAAUUAAAUAGCAUAUUUUUGUAGGAUAACAAUGAUAUUUAGACUAAAUUAUAGACAGCAGACUGACAGAAUUAUUUUGCGAAAUAAAUGUAAUAAACUAGGUUU